UCACAAAUACAUGUGUUUUUGGAAUAACAUCUUUCUAAGUGUCAAAGAAAUUACAAAAAUAAUAAAGUAAAGUAUUCAUUCAUAAUAUCUUCUGAAAGUGUUGUAAAAAAAAAUAAAGGGGAAAAUGCAGCAUCAGUUAAUCCCUAAACUGUAUAUCGACUGGUUACAUCAAGUCCUGAUCAAAUUUCCUUUGUAAAUCUGUGGAGUGUCCAGAAAAUCAGGGUCAAUAUGAUUUUACAGAAGACUUAAAAUCAACAGGAACUUGAGAAAUUCAGUGCACAAAUAAAUAUUGUGAUCUGGCAGGUUCACCUUAUCCUCCUUGGCUGCAUGUGUAGUUUUUUGUUUUUUUUUUUAUCAACAUUUUCCUUGUUCGUCAGUCAAAACCUAAACAAACAGGCUAACAUGCCGACCGUACGUGAUUUGAACCUCAUCUGAAAACCUCUUUCCUGUAGGUGAACUGGUUUUGAUGAGAGGUAUUUUGUGAAUCACAAGCACACACAAUUAUAUACUGGUAUUAGUAUGUGCAAAUACGUAUAUUCACAAAGCAGCUGCUGUUAUCUGUCUUUCUGUUCUUUGUACAGUAAUACUAACAUAUUACAAUCAUGAAUAAUCAUGGCUAAUCGUGAUUAAUCCAGAGCUGCAUUGUGGGUAAUUAGACAUUAAACAUGUAAAUCAUCUGGAAUCGACACAUUGAUAGAUUCUGUAUGUCUAAUGUGCAGUGAUCCGUUACGGCCACUGGGGUCGUUGUUCUUUGCCCAGUAGUAACAUUAGCGGUAAUGGCACCAAAUCUUUCCAAUCCCCUGUAGAACUGGAGUGUUUUAAUAGGCUCUCUGUCUCUGUCUUCACAUGACAACCAACCAAUGAGUCAGGCCCUCGUUUAAAGACAGUGACCGGCCUUUGUUAUCUUAGCGCCGUUAGCCUUAUCUCUGUAUGUCCGAGGCUCAUGACAUAUAAGGAUAAAGCCGUCACUGCGUCGCCUGACAAUACAGUCCUAAAAUAAUCUGAGAGCACAGCUGAGCCGCCGGCUGCUGCUGCUGCUGCUGCUGCUCCACCUCCUCAGAACAAAACACCACCGUCCGUCCUGACACCAGCCAAAGCCAUGACCAAAUUCUGCUAUUCUGAAUACUUAAAUCAGAUCCGUAACGCUGGAGCCAAGAGUGAUAACGUCCUCCCGCGACGGCGAUCAGACAGACGGAGUGGCGGCGGCGGUCCGAGAGACGUAGCGUCAGAGUCCGAAGAUGUUGACCCGGUGGUCUUGGCCAUUAGGAGAGGAGACACAGAGGCUGUUAGUGAUCUUGCAUCAUCUGCUCCUCAAACCUUGCUGAGGGAGAACAAAGAUGGGUGGAUACCACUGCAUGAUGCAGCCCACUCUGGACAGGCCGAGUGCCUACGGACCCUACUGAAGGUCCAUCCUGGCACUGUUGACAAACGCACGUUACAAGAACAGACAGCCCUGCUGCUUGCUGUGUCUUGUGAGCACUUGUCAUGUGUGCACAGCCUUCUGGGGGCCGCGGCUGACCCCGACAUCAGCAACAAGAACAAAGAAACCCCUUUAUACAAAGCAUGUGAGCUGGAGAACGUAGACAUGGUCGGACUCCUUCUCUCGUACGGGGCCACGGUGAACCAGCGGUGUGGCCAGGGCUGGACCGCGCUGCAUGUCGCCGUGUCAAAGAACAACACAGAGAUCUGUGAGAUCCUCAUAAGAGCCGGGGCUGCAAUCAACCCACCCAACACCUACAGCAUCACACCACUCACUGUAGCAGCUCAACAAGGACACUUGAGGGCACUGUGUUACCUCAUUGGAAAAGGUGCAGAUGUGAACAUGCAGACAUGUGAUGGCGUCACAGCCCUGCAUGAGGCCAGUAAAAACGGUCAUAAGGAAAUUGUCGCAGUGCUGUUGACUAAAAAUGCAGAUGCCAACAAACCCACCACCACCUCAGGACUGCUGCCUCUGCACUUCGCAGCCCAGUAUGGACACCAUGAGAUUGUGUCCAUGCUUGUCCCAGUGACCAGUCGGACCAGGCUGCGGCAGAGUUGGAUCAGCCCCCUCCACCUGGCAGCAGAACACAACAGACACACUGUGGCAGCUGUGCUUCUGAAGACAGGUGCAGAUGUAAACUCAACACUGGCCCACUGUCACUCCACUCAGUACGCUGACGGACGGGCAACAGCCCUCUACUUCGCCAUCGCCAACAGCAGCGCUGAGACAGCAGAGGUGCUGCUGAACGCCGGUGCCAGUGUGACCCUGGACCCAGUCUGUCCUUUACUAAUGGCCGUGCGACAGGCCUGCGUCAGGACUGUGUCUCUGCUGCUGGAGUACGGAGCCGACGUGGACGCCGACGUCCCGUCAUUCCCUACCACUUUCCCUGCAGCGAUCGCUCUUUCCAUGAACAAUCUGCCUUUACUCAAGUGCCUUCUGGACCACGGCUGUGACGCCGACUCCUGUUUCACAUGUUCACACGGCACUGUGCCUCACCCGCCACCAGGAGAUGAACUCUCAAGAACUGUUGGUAGCAACAGAAAUGUUUCACACAACGACAACACACUCCCUUUAAACUGCUGUCACAUAACAGAGAGGCCAAAGCAGUUCUGUGAGUGGAUCUCGUCUCCAGGUAUGUGUAAGUGGGCAGGACCGAUCGUAGAUCUGCUGCUGGACUACGUCGGUCCGGUUCAACUAUGCAGCAAGGUCUCUGAUCUACUGGACUCACGGGAGGAAUGGCACUCUGUCAAGAGGAAGUCAUCGUCGCCUCGGCCACUGCUGCACCUCUGCAGGUUAAAGGUCCGGACGCAAAUAGGAAAAGAAAGAAUGAGAUUUCUCACAAGUCUACCUCUGCCAGAAAGAAUGAUCCGAUAUUUAACUCUGGCCAACUGAUUUUUUCUUUUCUUUUCUUUUCUUUUUUUAGCGUGUAUAAGAAACAUUACCCUGAAGUUUGGCAUGGGAUCUCUGAAAGCUCUUUGUGUUUAAAUAUUUAUUUAUAGUAUUAUAUGUAAAAAUAAACUUCUUCCUCAUUUUCUUUAA